UGUUGAAGUCAGCAGUGGGUAUCUGCACGCGUGUAAGUGAAGUGAGUGGCGGUGAACUCUCUGCCUAAAUGAACGGACUAAACUGAUUGUCAUCUCACGCCCAGACGGCAAAUGCCCGCAUUUCCACACAGGUCGGCUUCUUGACCUCUUGCCUUCUUCGAGGAACCUUAUCUCGCAUAGGCCUACGACGUUGAAGGAUUUCACUUGGUUUAUUACUUUUUUUCCGAUGAUGGAGGGAUUUGUCACUUUAACUUAGAAGUUUAAGAAGACCACAUCCAAGCUUGCUGACUUGCCUGCCAAGACAUAGGCUAUUCUACAGCUAAUCCUGAAGAUGUCUGAAAGAACCCAAAGUCCAGCAGCAGACUGCAACGGAAGGUCCUUCGAUGUCAACAGAGCAAUGUACGCCCAGGCUCUCGGGCAAGAUGGACUGGGCAACGCAUCGCUCCAGUUCCAGCACAUGCUACAAGACCCGGGCCUGCUUUUCAACAAAUCUUCUUUCAAUGGAAUCACUCCUCCGCCUCCACAGGCUUUCUUUGCGUUCCCUGCGGUUGGCGGCGACUACAGAGCAUCAGAGGUACAGGCUGGGGACUUUACGCAGCCCAAACAUUGGUACCCUUUCGCUGCCCCGGAGUACACCGGUCAGGUAGCCGGUACUACAACGGCUACCCAGCCUGCAAACCUCAGUCCGCCAAUUGCUGAGACAAGGGAGCAAGUAAAAAUGCCAGAGAUAAAGACUGAAAAAGAGGUUAAUGACGAGUAUGCUACUGAGACAAAGCUGCAGGUUCCACCACCGGCGACCUCCGUUGCCCACGGCGUCUAUUACUCUGCUCCGUGGAAUCCAUCUUUUUGGCCAGGCCUCUCGCACAUCAACGCUCCCGGCAACCCAGCCGCAACUCAAACAAUACAGUCCUCUGCAUUAUCUCCUUCUCUUUCACCAUCUCCGCCUGGAAAUACAUUUUCUACAGCCGGGUUUUAUAGCGGUGGUUCCGCGCAAACAGUUCCAACGACCCAGGCGCAGACCACGGCGCGAAGUAGCGGCUCUUCUAGUGGUGGCUGCAGUGACUCGGAGGAAGAGGAAAAUCUAACCACAGAAGAAUUGGAACAGUUCGCUAAAGAACUGAAACACAAGCGCAUCACCUUGGGAUUCACACAAGCAGAUGUUGGAUUGGCAUUAGGUAAUCUUUAUGGUAAAAUGUUCAGCCAGACGACGAUUUGCCGUUUCGAGGCGCUUCAGCUGAGCUUCAAGAACAUGUGCAAGCUCAAGCCACUACUGCAAAGAUGGCUCAAUGAUGCAGAAACCUCCGAGAACCCUCAAGACAUGUAUAAAAUCGAGCGCGUGUUUGUGGACACCAGAAAGAGGAAGAGGAGGACGAGUCUGGAGGGAACUGUGCGUACUGCCCUUGAAUCCUAUUUUGUGAAAUGCCCCAAGCCCAACACCCAGGAAAUCACUCAUAUCUCAGAUGACCUUGGCCUUGAGCGAGAUGUUGUGCGUGUGUGGUUCUGCAAUCGCAGACAGAAGGGAAAACGCCUGGCUUUGCCUUUCGAUGACGAGUGUGCCGAGAGCCAGUACUACGAGCAAAGCCCACCCCCACCUCACAUGGGGCCCAACAUGCACCCGGGUCAGGGAUAUCCGACCAACACCCACCCCUCCACCCCAACCCUGUACAUGCCCCCUCUCCAUCGAGCAGAUGUCUUCAAACAGGCCUUGCAUCCUGGACUGGUGGGUCACCUCCCCAGCUAACUGGAGCUAGCCGUAGCAUUCCCAACACCCACACCCCACUCCCCUUUGAACCAUUACAUCCUCUAUCACUCUACAAAAGGGCGGGUUGGUACCGGUGACAUCAGGCCAAUGUGUAGGUUUGGGCCUGUGGUACUCCUAAGACUGAUAACCGAUGACAAUAUGGAACACCACCCAUGCAAGCAAAUUAAAUGUGCACACUAAGAUUCUUGGCUGAGUAUGCUAAAUGGUUCAGUCUUGUUGGUCACAAGCCUGUCAGCUUGGGGUGUUUUUGUCCUGGUUGCUGGAAAGAAGUGUCUAACAUGUGGCCUUUUUCUAGCUAACUGAAAUUUUGAUGAGCCUUUUUUUUUUUUUUUUUUUUUUUUUUGCUAAAGCUAUUGCACAUCAAGAGUUGAAAGUUGAUGUUUUUCAAAUGUUUAUUUUGGUGAAUGCCCAUUUUAUGUAUGUGUAUUUGACAUUUUUUACUGGAAAAGUACUCGACACAAGGUUUUUUUAAAAGCCAAAUGAAUUGUAUAUGUGGCUUAAAUGCAGUCUGUUACCACGCCUGUUUUAAAUAGUUUGAUUUUUAAGGAUGAGUGCAUUCACUAGACAAAUGUUUUUUGAGGACAUCAGGUAGUGCUCUUCAUUUUGCAUCCAUUUCUCUUCCCAUUCAUGUGUUAAUGUUGCAUGUAAAACAAAUUCUCACCUUUCAGUUGCUAAUGCUUGCUUUUAUAGCCAUGGUCGGCAUUCUUAAAGUUUUAUAUCUGUGUAUGCUUAUGUGUGUCUCUUUUUAAUGGCCUCUAUGUGGAGUAGUCAUGUGCCUUAUGUUUACACCUGCAUUUUCAAAUGAGUCACUUUUCAAGCUGCUGUAUCACUGUUGCUACAUACUGUAAAUGAAAGUCUUGAAUAAUUUAUUGAGACACUAAACCUAAAGUGUUUCUUUGGCUGAUGGCGAUAUUGCCCUUUUGUGAAUGUAGCUAUUAAAUACAUCGUCUGGAAUUCGUAUCACUUCAUGGGAGCUGUGUCUAGUUUCCAUAAUUGACUUUG